AUGCUGCCAGUCGAGAACCAGGAGGGUCUCCAGGUGCUACGCUACGUCAACGGCCAGGAGUACCAGGCACACUACGACUUCUUCUGGGACAAGAAGAACCAGGACCCCAGGGAGGGCGGCCAGCGCAUCGUGACGGCGCUCAUGUUCCUGGCCACACCCGAGGAGGGCGGGGAGACAGUCUUCCCCGAUGCCGAGGUGCAGUCGCCCCCAGACCCCAGCUUCUCGCCCUGCGCCAGGAAGGGGCUUGUGAACAAGCCCUACAAGGGGGACAUGCUCAUGUGA